CUUCCUCCCCAUCUCUCUCUUCUCUCUUCUUCCUCUCUAACUUCCUCAGUACCUGACAGCAAGCUAAUGACGAUUGGAGACGAGAACGAUUCCAGUCUUAUUUCGUCAUUGUUUCUCAAACAAGUCAAUUACAGUUGUGGUUCUUGUGGCUAUCAGCUAAACUUAAACUCCUCUAACCGUAAUACCUCAGUUAUUGGUCCUGAAUAUGAGAAAUCCUUAAAGAGAGGCGUCAUUUCAUUCUUGAGCAUUGAUGAAAGCAGAUUUACAAAAAUUGAAGAACGCAGAUGGACACCAUACUUCAACUCCAUCCAUUCCUGGGGCCUACUUCAACGAAGAACCAAGCUUCUUUGCUACAAGUGUGGAAACCACAUAGGUAAUGCUUACAAAGAGAAUGCUUCUUUCCAUCAGCUACCACUGCAACAAUCACGGUUCAUAACAUGGGAUGGUAUUUCUGAUUCUAAUAAAAUUUAUGAUAUCAAAAUACGUGCUUAACAGCCUUUAUCUGCAGAGGACUGCAGUGUUGUUGCAGUCUUGCAUUUUUGAUCAUGUAGAAGAUUGAAAAUUGUGCCGUAGCCAUCUGAGAUGCAUACUCCCGUCAUCCUUAACCCCAUUCUUAUAGUGGCAACAUCUCCAGACACUUCAUGGUUGUUAAUCAUAAGUUGUAUGGCAGAUAUCAUUGCCCUGGAUACUUCAACAAUCUAAUCGGAAGGCAUUCGUACUCAAUUACCCUUUACCGUUCACAGCAAUAUUCCGUCUGGCACUUGAAACGUGGUAAUAAAUCAUGUUGUUGAUAGAUGUUCCUUUAUCCUUUUGUUGUAUAAUGCAUCUUACCGAAGGUUCAUUUUUGUAUUCUGUUGUAGUUGUGACAAAUUGUUGAUUUUGUUACACUUUGUUGAUAUUCAUUAUGGUUGAAAUAAUAUAUUCAAUUUCUGUGGUGUGG